AUAUUACUUUUCAAAAGGGGUGUAUUCAUUUUUGCCAAACACUGUAUAAAUAUAUACACUAUAUUGCCAAAAGUAUUGGGACACCCUUCCAAAUCUUUGGAUUCAGGUGUUCCAAUUGCCUCCAUGGUCACAGGCAUGCAGACUGCUUCUACAAACAUUUGUGAAAGAAUGGGUCACUCUCAGGAGCUCAGUAAAUUCAAGCGUGGUACUGUGAUAGGUUGCCACCUGUGCAAUAAGUCCAUCCGUGAAAUUUUCUUGCUACUAAAUAUUCCACGGACAACUGUUAGUGGUAUUAUAACAAAGUGGAAGAAACUAGGAAAUACAGAAACUCAGCCACAAAGUGGUAGGCCACGUAAAAUGACAGAGUGGGGUCAGUGCAUGCUGAAGUGCGCAAAAGACACCAACUGUCUGCAGAGUCAAAAGCUAAAGACCUCCAAACUUCAUGUGGUCUUCAGAUUAGCACAACAGCGCGUAGAGAGCUUCAUGGAAUGGGUUUCUAUGUCCAAGCAGCUGCAUCCAAGCCUUACAUCACCAAGUGCAAUGCAAAGUGUUGAAUGCAGUGGCGUAAAGCAUGCCACCACUGGACUCUAGAGCAGUGGAAGCGUGUUCUCUUGAGUGACGAAUCACACUUCUCUAGCACUCCAAGAAACGUGUCUGGGUUUGGUGAUUGCUAGGAGAAUUGCACUUACCUGACUGAAUUG